AGCAAUGGCAAGAACCAAGCAGACCGCUCGUAAAUCUACUGGAGGCAAAGCCCCAAGGAAGCAGCUCGCUACUAAAGCCGCCCGUAAGAGCGCCCCGGCCACCGGUGGAGUGAAGAAGCCUCAUCGUUACAGGCCCGGCACCGUGGCUCUGAGAGAGAUCCGCCGUUAUCAGAAAUCAACCGAGCUGUUGAUCCGUAAACUUCCCUUCCAGCGUCUAGUGAGAGAAAUCGCUCAGGACUUCAAGACGGAUCUGCGCUUCCAGAGCUCUGCUGUCAUGGCCCUGCAGGAGUCCAGUGAGGCUUACUUGGUCGGUCUGUUCGAGGACACCAACCUGUGCGCCAUCCACGCCAAGAGAGUCACCAUCAUGCCCAAAGACAUCCAGCUGGCCCGCCGUAUCCGCGGAGAGCGCGCUUAAGACCGCAUUGUAACAUUAACCCCAACGGC